ACGCCUGGAACUUCCUGGUAAUUGCUGUUCUUCAGCAAUUUCAGACAUAUGUCUUUCAAAUGCCGUUCCGUCAUCUCGCCUUCACCAGGUACAUUCAUCUGUGUCAUCUGCUGCCAGUCUGUGUAACUUGAGGACAACACCACCUUGGGCCAAUGAAGCAUAUUGAAACCUUCAGCGUUUUGGUUUCCAUGGUCACCUUAUUGCUGAUCUUCUACUCAACCGUACAGCUAGAGACAAACUACAGUCCCAAUGCUGAACCUGCAAACCUCCCGAAGCCUAAUGUGGGGAGAGUCGUCAUUCUUCCACCGAUUGUCCUCAAUGUGUCUGUUUUUGACGGCCUCAGACACACCAUCCCUCAAAAUGGAGCCUACUGGAACCGCCUGCUGCACUUGGCCUUCAAGAAUCUGGACAGGGAGGAAAAUCCAUCUGGACACAACUCAGAUUGGUCUCUCUGCAGGCAGACAAAACAAGAGCAUCUGCAAACCAAUAUGCACGACUUUACCUCCUACCCUUUCUUAUUUCAGGACUUUUUGCAGGGGAUGAACUGCAGUUCGCCGCCAGUCCUGCUCAAUCAACCCAACAAGUGCCCCUUUGGCGACGGGAAGAACAAAAACCAGACCUUUCUGCUUUUUACCAUCAAGUCUACUCCUAGAAACUUUGAGCAGAGACAGGCGUUGCGGGAGACCUGGGGUCGAGAAGGCAUGUAUAAAAGUGGACUGCGGGUGCGCACUGUGUUUCUGCUGGGUAGCUCCCCACUGGAGGACCCUGACCUCAGCGCUCUGUUGGCAUUUGAAGCAAGACAGUUUGGGGACCUCCUGCAGUGGGACUUCCACGAAUCCCUCUUGAACUUGACACUUAAAAUGUACAUGUUCAUCCAGUGGACGGUGAAAUACUGUCCUGAAGCCUCCUUUGUGUUCAGUGGUGAUGAUGAUGUAUUCGUCAACACACCGAAACUACUCAGCUACCUGCAGUCUCUGGAGCCUUCGAAGGCCUCUCGGUUGUAUGCUGGACAAGUGAUAAUUAAUGCAAAUCCCCUCAGGGACCCUAAAAUCAAAUACUAUGUUCCUCUGAGCUUCUAUGACGGCCCGUACCCUCCUUAUGCCAGUGGAGGAGGCUUUAUUAUCUCUGGAGCGUUGAUGCAAGGCCUAUAUUCAGCUUCAAGUAUCAUUCCUUUCUUUCCCAUGGACGACGUUUACGCUGGGAUGUGCUUUAAGGCUUUAGGGGUUUCUCCUGAAACCCACCAAGACUUUAAGACUUUUGAUAUCAAGGAUCAGGACCGUGAAAACCUUUGUGUGAUUAAGAACCUCAUUCUGAUUCACCGGCGCUCCCCACAGCAAAUCAAGAAGUUAUGGAAGGGCAUUCACAACCCAUUGUUGACUUGUUGAACAUGACUGAAAAGGCGUCACUAAUUAGAAAAAAGAAGAAACAUUGGCUGCAGCAACAUGACGUAUUAAGCCACAUCGAAUCAUUGCAGAAGGAAAUGUAAUUAUUUUUCUACUAUUUCUGAAAUCUUGAAUGGACUACAUAGGGAGCAGUUGUGUUCCUGCACUGGUAUGAGUCAGACAGUUUUUCGUGAUGGGGUACAACCUUAAGUGGUUUGUGUAGUGUAGUGCAGGAAGUGUUCAGCAUUUUAAGUGGAAAUAUCUCCUGGUGAUUUUGUCAAGAGACAAUUGGCCUUAAAUCAUUUGUACGUCUUUCAUGUUUGCUGUCAUGCGUUUGAAUAAAUCUGUCUCCGAUGUAACCCAUUCUGAGUGCGCCCUCCAACUGUCUGUUCCUUUGUUUUCUUACUUGAUCCAAUGUUCAGACCUGCACCUUCAUGUACUUUUUAAUCUUGCCAAAAUGUAAUUAUAGAAGUGCACCUGUCAGAAGGCUCCCGCUUAUUAUUAUUAUUAUUACUGUUCCUUCAAACACGCUUUGCUUCUGGGAUCAGUAGUUAAUUGUAAUAUUUUUUUAUUUUGAACUCCAGUUUAACAACCAGAAUCUGUAACUUGGUGUUCUUGAAUGUAGUCUUUGCGGCAAAAAAACUGCAAAAAUGCUCUAGUACAACAGAGAGUCUGAGCUGUUUCAUAUGGAAUGCCGUUUUAUUCAAAAUUAAAUAAAUGAAUAAAUACAUAAAUAAAUGAAAUAUGCAUUUGAAAUACAUCGUGAAAUAAAUAAAUGAGUGGUACUUUUAUUUCACAAGUACACAUUUAUUUAUUUCAUGGUACUUUUAUUUCAUAAUGGCAC